AGGAUGGACUCUCAUCAGCAGCAGCAGCAGCAGCAUCCUCUCUUCCUGUUGCCACCGGGGACUCUUCAUCGACCAUCAAGUCUGGCGGGAACCGAGGCUUUUCUACGAUGCGCAACUUCCAUCUGCCCAAAUGCUGUGAGGGCUCCUAGCGUCCCUCUCUAGAGACAGCAGUGGAGAGGUUGGAGGUCCCUCGCUCAUCAAUGUCUCUCACUCCGAGUCGGAAGCCCUCCUCAGGUCAGCGCAGGCGCUCAGUGGGCACUGGAGGUGGCAGCGGGCGAUAUUCCCACAGCGAUACAUCCAGUACCCACACAUACCCCGGUCGGAUCAGGGCAGCAGAGAGCAGCCCCACAGCCCGGACGUAUCCGAGUACACCGAGGCGUCAGGCGAAGCACACAACCUGCAGCGACAACCAUGGCAUCAGGCCGCCGACCCCGGAGCAGUACCUCACACCUCUGCAGCAGAAGGAGGUGUGUAUACGACAUCUGCGAGCCAGACUGAGGGACAAUGUGGAGAGAUUACAACACAGAGACUGUGAAAUAGAUGAGCUGAGGGCCCAGCUGUACAGGAUGCAGGAGGACUGGAUAGAGGAGGAAUGUCACCGUGUGGAGGCCCAGUUAGCUCUGAAAGAGGCCCGCAAGGAGAUCCAGCACCUUCAGGAGGUGGUUGAGACAGUGAGGUCCAACCUGAGUCUCCGUGAACAAGAACCCCAUGAACACAAGCCAUACUCAGGGUUGCAGGGAGCUCGGCCAGGGGGGAAGUCUCGCUCCUGCGGCUGUUCCCCAGCCAGCACUUUGAGCCGCAGCACCGCCCACACCCGAAUGAGCAAUGAGGCUCUGCAGCUGGAGCGCAGCCCCAACGCUCCUGAGGCGAGCAGAGCGUCUUACACAGCAGGACAAACCCACCUGCUCCUGGAGGCGGCCCUCCUCUCAGAACCGCUGCCGUCACAGGGCCACAUCCGAGGCCCCCCAACUGUGCCGCGCUCUUCCACCUACGAAAGGCUGUGCAGCGGGGGGGCGGUGUUGCCAAUCUCACACUCCUGCCACACUCUCAGUAGCAGCUGCAAGUGCAGUGGCCACGCCUACCUCCCCCAUCAUCACUUGUUCCUGCAUUUACCCCAGGAGGAGGCCCCAGUGACAGCGGCGCCUGCUGCUGUCCCUGCUACUGAGCCUAUCCCUAUUCCUUGUCCUGCCGCAGAGAGGAAGCCAGAAGUGCGCUCACAGGCCUGCAGCCCCACCAUGAGCUGGCUGUGUGAGGAGAGCGGUGUCGAGGAGCUGAGUGUCAUUUCUUUAGCCACAGCAGAGGUCACCCCCUCAGAGCCACAUCUAUUUCCAUCGUCUUUACCUGCUGCGUCCCCUUCUGAGCAUUCACACAGCGUAGAGCCGCCCGACAAAUCAGAGCAGGUCACAAAGACGCCAACAGAGCCCCACACCUGCCAGCCCCACCCUACAGCUCCGCUCCCAGAGAGACAGGACGCUGUGGCAGUGGAUCUAGGAGAGGACGAUAAGGAUGAACCUGAAGGUACAGACGAAGAUGGCUACCCGCCUCAGCUCUGCCACUGGAGCCGCUACUUUCUUGUAGAUCUGUUAGCUUUGGCAAUGCCAGUGGUCCCAACCAUGGCAUGGCUGUGUCGAGGGGCGCCACGGGGAGUCAUGCCGGUGUAUCAUAUCGGCUCCCUGCUGAGAGGUUGCUGUGCUGUGGCCCUCCACUCACUGCGUCGCCGGGGUGCAGGCAGGGGACGCAGGCCCACCAGCAUGAACGGAACAACACCAAUCUGACACUCUCUGACAUAAAGAUCACAACUCCCAACCUCUGCAGGCACAGCUACGCUGAGUUUCUCACAUUCUGGUCAUUGCCACGUGUUGGGUAUCUCCUCUUUUAAGAUUUCUAGAUUUUACAUAAUGCCCUUGUGAUUCUGUGCUCAUGCCUUGCCUUAGAGAACAAAGGAUUAGUUGUACAUUAUUUCAGUAUUCAGAUAUCCUUACUGCUCCUGCCUGCAGUUUAAGUGGUUUUCUCUUUCUUGGAAUUUGCAUGUAACCCACAGUUUGGUUGGGUUCUCUUGCUUGAAUUAAAAAAAGCCCACCUGGAUAUAGAUGAUAUCCUCGGGUGAAAAUAAUCAGUUGAUUUCAUGAAACAUGAAAGAGAACUUGUUUGAAGUUGAAUGCUCCUCUAUUUUCAUCAUCAUGUUUUUAAAAAUUGUGAAAAAGGAGACUCACGGUCAUUAAAGUUUCUUUGGCAUCAAUGUCCCACAAAAUCAGAAAAAUAAAUUACAGUCAGAACUUUUCUGACUUUUUCCACACAUAGUUAAUAGAUUUACAGAGCACAUCAAAUGUAGGCAGCAGUCAUCUCCACCCAUGAAAACACUGAAUGUGAAAGCUGUUGGGACUUUUACCUUUUGAGAAGCAUGUGCAUUGAACCCAGCUCUCAGGUGCACAACAGACAGGUUAUUGAUCUUUUUGCCAAUAAACAAAACAUGGGAGUUUAAAACUGUACAGACUCGAUUUCUUUGAUCCUGUUGGGACUAAAAUCAGUUAUGUAUCAGUGGGCCUCAUGC